AGGUCAACGUGUGGCAACUCCAGGCACGGCAGUUCUGUGCACGAAACAAUGGCCAUCCGAAGGUGUGCCUGUUUCUUCGACAGCAGCGGCCAGCACGAUCGGCGGAAUAAGUCGCUAAGGUCCGAGUACUAGGCCUUGCCGACGAGGCGUCGAAGUUGAACAAAAGGAAACUAACUGGUUAUAGAUCUAAGGACCUCCCUCCCGAAUUAGGUUAGCGACACGAUGCCGGAAUCAUUUCCUUGCGUUAAACUGAUGCUUCUUUCCUGCAUUCUGGUGGUCGUCUACGCCGCAGAAAAAGUGAAAAUGAAAAACGGUGCGGAGUGCAAAGGCGAACUGUACAUUCCUUUCAAGCCGUGCGUGAGGUAUUGCAGAGUUAGCUGGGUUUUGUUCGUGCCGAAGUAUCAAGAACAACAAGUUGCAGACGGAACUCAGUGCAGGAGGCUGCUCAUUCUGAAAGGCGUUUGUUUCCAUGGCAGAUGCGUAAAACCUACAGGACCGGUAACAAAGGCUCCUCAAUUUAACUUCACGGCCAUAAUGAUGACUGCCGAGCCAACAACCACCACUCCGGCUCCUCUGAGGCUCGAUUAAAGUGCAACCAGCAAUUAGCGC